GAAUUUUGUUUACAGCGGUACGAUUCCUUCAGGAAAUGUCAAAUUUUGUAAACAUAACAUCCAAACAAACCUGCAGAAAACCGCACGUGCGUUCAACAUGGAAGGGCUUACGUUCAUGAGCAAUUUGGUACAACCGGAAAAACGAGUUACAAUGUCUUUCGAGAAGAAGAGAAUCGUAGGCAUAGAUCCCAGGAAACCGCGGAAGAAGAUAAGAACUACACCAAAGCAGAAAAAGAAACUUUCGCGGAAAGAGAUCAAAGAAUUGGGCUUGUACACUUUACCACAAGACACGGUCAAGUACAGCGAUGCAUUGAAGCUACAUAAGAUCUGGUGUGGGUAUUUCGACACACUCUUCGCUUCGGACGAAAUACCGACAGUUACAGACAGUAGCUAUAAUACGGUCGUAGUUAGCUUGCUAAAGGCAGACUAUCAUGGAGCAAAAAUUCGCAUCAUUCGUUCGAAACAGUCCAGCGUAGUGGGAAUGAAAGGCAUCGUAGUGCUGGACACGAAAGGCACCUUCAAAAUGGUGUCAAAGGAUAAUAUACUGCGUACCAUACCGAAAAAUGAUUCCAUGUUCGAAAUUAACAAUCAAGGUAAGAUGGUGACCAUUUUCGGCAAAUAUCUCACCGGUCGACCGGCGGAACGUUCGGUGAAAAAAACAAAAUCGUUCUCACUACCUACUUUAUAACGAAAUACGAUUGAAUACUGAUACGAUGCAUGUUAUUGCGAAGAAAUGAAGCAUGAACGGCGCUGGUUUUAGUUUACGAAAGGAACCAAUUCUCCUAUCACUUUUCUUUCAACCGAAAAUCGCUCACUGUUACCGUAUAAAUUGUAAAUUUGGUAUUUGAAUGAUGUAUUUACUGUUCUAAUUAGUAUUGUUGUAGAAAAUAAACGCAAAGAACUCGUCAAGUUGGAGUCAAGUUCUCUA